AUGGCCACCGCAACACAAGCACCCAUUGCGCCUGGCGGUGUCAAGUCUUACUACCAGGCGAAAAUUGAAUCUGCAGAGAUUCUAAUCAACCAGAAGACUCAGAACUUACGACGACUAGAAGCACAACGGAAUGCUCUCAACGCCCGAGUUCGGCUUCUGCGAGAAGAACUUCAACUACUCCACGAACCUGGAAGUUAUGUCGGUGAAGUCAUCAAAGUAAUGGGAAAGAACAAAGUCCUUGUCAAAGUACAACCUGAAGGGAAAUACAUCGUCGAUCUGGAUUCGGAAAUCGACAUCAACUCACUCAAAGCAACGCUCCGCGUCGCCCUCCGUUCCGACUCCUACACAAUCCACAAGAUCCUCCCAAAUAAAGUCGACCCUCUAGUCUCGCUCAUGAUGGUUGAGAAAGUGCCAGAUAGCACAUACGAAAUGGUCGGCGGUCUCGACCAACAAAUCAAGGAAAUCAAAGAGGUCAUCGAGCUGCCCGUCAAACAUCCCGAACUCUUCGAAGCCCUGGGUAUCGCGCAACCCAAGGGUGUCUUGCUUUACGGACCCCCGGGUACCGGCAAGACGCUCCUCGCCCGUGCUGUAGCCCAUCACACCGACUGCAAGUUCAUCCGUGUGAGCGGAAGCGAGCUGGUGCAAAAGUACAUUGGAGAGGGUAGCCGAAUGGUCCGCGAGCUCUUCGUGAUGGCACGAGAACACGCUCCCAGCAUCAUCUUCAUGGACGAGAUUGAUUCCAUUGGAAGCUCGAGAGGGGAGAGUGGGAGUGGGGGAGGUGAUUCGGAGGUGCAGCGGACGAUGUUGGAGUUGCUUAACCAACUGGAUGGGUUCGAGUCGACGAAAAAUAUUAAAGUUAUCAUGGCUACGAAUCGAAUUGAUAUCCUGGAUUCCGCGCUGCUGCGGCCAGGUCGUAUCGAUCGCAAAAUCGAGUUCCCACCUCCAGGUCCUGAGGCUCGCGUAUCCAUCCUUCGCAUCCAUUCACGCAAGAUGUCGCUGCAACGGGGCAUCAACUUGCGUGCUCUUGCAGAGAAGAUGGGACAGUGUUCUGGAGCUGAAGUCCGGGGUAUCUGCACGGAAGCUGGUAUGUACGCCUUGCGUGAACGGAGACAACAUGUCACGCAGGAAGAUUUCGAGUUUGCGGUGGCUAAGGUCUUGAGGAAAAACCAAGAGGGAAACACUUCGGUCAACAAGCUUUUCUCGUAGACUGCAUUUCUAACUUUUCCACUUGUAUCUCUUUCGAAUCAUUUGUUCUCACCUCUC